UUGAAUUUGGUGCAUUUGUUUCGUCUGUCUAGUUGGUUGAGGACGUGAAGUUGGUCUAUAUUUUUUCAAGGAAAGAUUAUUUAAGUUCUAAUAUAAAAUAAGAUGAGGGAAAUCGUACAUAUACAGGCUGGUCAGUGUGGUAAUCAGAUAGGUGCUAAGUUCUGGGAGGUGAUAUCGGACGAGCAUGGCAUUGAUCCAACUGGCACAUACCACGGCGAUUCCGACCUUCAGUUAGAGCGUAUUAAUGUGUACUACAACGAGGCAACCGGAGGCAAAUAUGUGCCUAGAGCUAUCUUGGUCGAUCUGGAACCUGGCACUAUGGAUUCCGUCCGCUCUGGACCAUUUGGGCAAAUUUUUCGGCCAGAUAACUUCGUCUUCGGACAAUCUGGUGCAGGCAAUAACUGGGCUAAGGGUCACUAUACAGAGGGUGCAGAAUUGGUUGAUUCUGUAUUAGAUGUUGUAAGAAAAGAAGCGGAGGGAUGUGAUUGCCUUCAAGGCUUCCAGCUUACACAUUCACUGGGUGGUGGGACCGGCGCUGGAUUAGGAACGCUACUCAUUUCAAAGAUCCGUGAAGAAUAUCCUGACCGUAUCAUGAAUACUUUCAGUGUUGUACCGUCACCAAAAGUAUCAGAUACAGUAGUCGAACCAUACAACGCAACUCUAUCUGUACAUCAGCUGGUAGAAAAUACUGAUGAAUCCUAUUGUAUUGACAAUGAGGCACUAUAUGAUAUUUGUUUCAGAACCCUAAAACUAACGACCCCGACGUAUGGUGACUUGAAUCACCUUGUAUCUGCAACUAUGUCAGGUGUAACUACGUGUCUCAGAUUCCCUGGUCAAUUAAAUGCUGAUUUGAGGAAAUUAGCUGUGAACAUGGUACCUUUUCCUCGGCUUCACUUCUUUAUUCCUGGGUUUGCUCCUUUAACAUCUAGAGGCAGUCAACAGUAUAGAGCUUUGACUGUUCCGGAAUUGACACAGCAAAUGUUUGACGCGAAGAAUAUGAUGGCUGCUUGUGAUCCACGUCACGGAAGGUAUUUGACAGUUGCUGCUAUAUUCAGAGGACGUAUGUCAAUGAAAGAGGUGGAUGAACAAAUGAUGAAUAUUCAAAAUAAGAACUCUUCUUACUUCGUGGAAUGGAUUCCGAAUAAUGUUAAGACAGCCGUUUGUGACAUUCCGCCUCGAGGUUUGAAAAUGUCGGCAACGUUCAUUGGAAAUUCCACGGCUAUCCAGGAGCUGUUUAAGCGUAUUUCUGAGCAGUUUACUGCUAUGUUCAGACGUAAAGCUUUUCUACAUUGGUAUACUGGUGAAGGUAUGGAUGAAAUGGAGUUUACUGAAGCGGAGAGUAACAUGAAUGAUCUAGUGUCUGAGUAUCAGCAAUACCAAGACGCCACUGCUGAGGAAGAAGGCGAAUUUGAUGAAGAAGAGGAGGGUGGAGAUGAAGGAGACUAGACUGUUCUAAGAUUCUUUUAUCGAUUUAUUUUAUUAAAAUAUUUGAUUGCGCUUUA